AUGAAGAGGGGACCUGUGAAGAAAGCUGUCAGGUUAUGCAAUACUACGACAGAGGCGGUUGUUGGCUUGUUAACGCGAUUCAUGAUGAAGGUUCGCUUAUGCGUAAAAGGCGAUAGUUGUUCUGCAUGUGUUUUGCCAACUGAAGCUUCGGAAACGUGUUCAACUAAACGACAUCAAAAAAUAAGGCUUUUAUCAUGCGACCAAAAAACCAGCAUUGUCGUCGACGACGAUACCAAAUAUUUCAUUUGCGAGAAAGGACGGUGGAAUGUACAAAAUUGUGGGGAAAAAAAUAAGCUCAAGUUGAGGUUCAAUGGUACCGAAUGUGUUGAUCCAGUACUGUUACCACUUCACGCUCAAGCAACAUCUGGAAGUGGGCGAGUCGGCGACGUAUGUUCCUUCAAUACCGACUGCCUAAGUGGGAUGUAUUGUUCUAGUGGUAUCUGUAGAUGUCUUUCAACCUACGUAGCGGUGGAUAGCUACUGUUAUGAGAAAAUAAAUCCUGGUCAGUCUGGAUGUUUUUACGACGAUCAGUGUUUUGCUGUUUGGCCAGAUGCAUACUGCAAGGCUGGGACCUGUUUUUGUCCUGCAGAUUACAUGAGUGCAGUGAAGACGCGGGAUGGCGUUGUUUGUGUUUCAGUAGCAUCUGGAGAGCCAAGCUGUCCUCUUCCUAACAUACCUGGUCCGAAUUCUCCAGCAUCCAUUGUUGUUCUGCCAGCUCCACUAGGCUCACUUGGAAUUACGGUCGCAGCAUGCAAUCCUCAAAGUUCUUCACCACCAAGCAGCGAAUACGAUUUGGUGAAUAAAUCGGCAGAAUUUACAUGCUCUGUUAGUGGUAUGAACGGUGAACCUAUAGAUGUUAGUGAUAUAUAUGACUGCAUUGAUAAUUCUCAUUUUUGGCAGUCUAUGGGGGUCAACACGCAAAGCCAUCCAGUUGGAGUUUGCUGUAUGAACCGAGCUUUCACCUGCGCUCAGCCUCGUAAAGGUGAAUCUGAUGCGGUCGGAACUGUGCCUAGAUGGUGGUUUAAUUCAGUCAGCGGUGCAUGUCAGCAGUUUCUGUUUGAUGCGGAUUCUAUGGAAGUAUCACCAAAUAAUUUUGAAACUCUGGAGCACUGCGAAGCAUACUGUAAAGAUGCAUGUCCACGGGGCAAUCCAGCUUACUCAAAAGGAAGUAUAGCGAACCAAUACCCAAUUGGUGGUUGUUCUCCAGCUUCUCCUUGUGAGGACGGUUUUGAGUGUCUGGACAUAUCGUCGAAUCAUUACUGCUGUCCAACCAGAAAAUCAAUAUGCAGCGAAUCCGGAGGACGGCCAAAGGAUAGUUCAGUAACGACGCCGUACGAUCCCGGACUUCGUUUUGAUCAUUUAACGGGAGACUCCUCACAUGUAAAUGUUGGUGUGAGCACCCGUUACUACUAUAAUCCUUCAAAUGGACAGUGCCAUUCAUUUACUUACAACGGUUUUCUUGGAAAUUUCAAUAAUUUUCCGACGUUAUCUGACUGUCAAAUUUUCUGCUCAAGAUUACAAUGUGCCUACGGAAAUCCGCUGGUGACUGGCGUAGGAAUGCCUCAAAAAUGUCAGCGGGACAGUGACUGUCCGGUAACUCACCAGUGUUCUGUUGAACGCGGAGUCUGCUGCCCAACACCACAAACUCUCUGUACUCAACCAGUGCGUCUUGGUGACUGCAAGCUUAGUGUUAGACAGUAUUGGUAUGAUGCUAAUACCAGGCAAUGCAAUGCCUUUUUAUAUACUGGCUGUCAGGGCAAUGACAACCGGUUUGAUACAAUGCACGACUCGGAACCUAAAUGUCCACAAGGACGUGCUUAUACGGAUAGCACUGGUAAAUUUUAUCAGUGUUCGGAUGCCAGUAUUUGUCCAGUCAAUUAUGAAUGUUUCUUUGACGGUCAAGUUUACGGUUGCUGUCCUAGCAAAGCUUUUACUUGUUCGCUACAGCCAAGCAAAGGAAUAGCAUGUGGUUCUGGCUCAUCUUAUCGUUACUAUUUUGACCAUACUAUUAAAGAGUGUCAGGCAUUUUUGUUUCUUGGAUGUGACGGAAAUUCCAAUAACUUUCCGUCUGUUGAGAAGUGUGAGGCCUACUGUGGUGUUGGAGGAUGUCCAAAUGGUGGAUCGCCACUUCGUGUCAAAAAUCAGUUACAAUCAUGUUCUGAAAUAGAUUCAUGUCCGCCAAGUUACGAGUGCUCAUUAAUUAGCAUUAGUGGACGGCCACAGCGACGCUGUUGUCCAACCCGCGCAUCCAUUUGCGCCCAGCCUCCACAGUUAGGAUUACAGAAUGAUAAAUGCAGUAACAGUUUUGCAAGCACGAGGUACUAUUUCAAUAUGGCACUCAAAGCAUGCACAGAAUACGCGUCCAACAGCUGCGAUCUAAGCUUGAACAGUUUUUCUUCAAAGACACAUUGUGAAAACUUUUGUCAUGCUGCAAGUUGCGCUGCUGGAGAUGUGGCAUAUGUGGUAAGCCAAAGAGUCUGUCCGGAUGGCGAAAAAGCUUUUAUUGACCCCAAAGAAAUUACUCCGAGAGAAUGUGCUCUGAAUGUUGACGGCAGUUGUCCAUCGGAUUAUGUUUGUCGCUUCAGCAUGCAACGUCGUCGUUACUAUUGCUGUGCCUCGUCUACUGGAUCAUUUUGUCCAAGGGGCAAAUCAUUAUUCUUGUACCCAGUAACACGUGCACCUAUAGAAUGCUCUAUCGAUGCUUUUUCAUCGUGUCCACCGUCAUAUUCCUGCCAAAGUCAUACGUCGGCAGCUUCUCAGGGCCAUUGCUGUUCCACGUUAGCAAUAUGCCCUAAUGAAGUCGAGUUUGCUAUUGAUCCAGUGACUCGUCUCCCUAUGACGUGCAACAAUGACCCGUUUGCUCCGUGUCCGAAUGGGUACACCUGUAUGACACAGCCGUCUACAAAAAAGAUGCACUGCUGUGCUGGGAAAAGCGUUAUCAAACCUUCUAAAAGUGAUGGUUGUCCUCCGCAUGAGUUCGUUUAUACUGAAAAUAAUGAAGUUCGUGUAUGUGAUCCAUUUAACGCUGAAAAUGUUCCUUGUCCGAAAGAUUAUACUUGUCAAUGGUCGACACAAAACCAACGUUACCAGUGCUGCGGCUCAAUUCCAGUCACUGAAGCACCAAAGACGAAUGACGGAUGUCCAGAUAAGCAGACAGCCUACCUCGAUGGCAAUGGUAAACCACAGGUUUGUACUGCUGCUGAACCGUCAUCGUGUCCACAUGGAUAUUUUUGUCAAUUUUCUUCAAAAAAUGUACAGUUUCAGUGUUGUGGUUUGAGUGGAGCUUGUCCGGAAGGAAGACUUGCAUUUGUUUCGUCAAACGGCUCCCCACAACGAUGUGAACCCGGCAGACUUUUUUGUAACGAAGGCUUUGACUGCAUCUUCAGUAGAGAUUAUGAUUUCAUAUGUUGCGCAAAUGAAACCUUUAUUGAAGGAUGCGAUCCUGGAGAAAUUUUGUUGAAUGGUAGAUGUUUACAUCGAGUUCUACCACUAGAAGCUUGUGAAUACAGCGAGCAAUGUAGAGGAGGGACAGUAUGUGAGAAGGGCAUUUGUAAUUGUCCUGAGGGUACAACCCUGCUUGACCUUUCUUGUGUACCGUUAGUGUGCGAGGAGAACCAGAUCAAAGUUGGCCAAACGUGUCUUGGUAAGGCUACAGUUGGUCAGCAGUGUAUCUCCUCAUUACAAUGUCUAGGUAAAUCAAAGUGCGUCUCAGGUAUCUGUGAAUGCGCGAGAGAUGAGGUAUUUCUUCGCGGUGAAUGUAUUGAAGUUCGUUCGCUUUGUCAAUUAGAAGGCGAACAGCCAUAUUGGAAUUCUGAAAACACGGAACCUCGUGCAUGUCUACGUAGUGAUCCAGACUCUUGCCCCAAGAACUUCACUUGUCAAUACAGUAAACCAAUUGACCAAGAUAUAUGUUGCGGCGUUGCAGAUAAUCCCAGAAAACUGAAACGAGGCAGUACGUGUCCGAAAGGCGGGAUUCCCUACCUGAUCAAUGGGAUUCCAAAAAACUGUGCAAAAGCACUUUGUCCAAGCGGCUAUAAAUGUACAUUAUCCGAUUCAGGUGGAGACUACAUCUGUUGUUCCUAUGAUAAACGAAAUAGGAUGGGUUCGUCGAACGUCGGAGGAGGCAUCUCGAUUGCUCAAAGUGGCAGUUGUCCACGUGGGUCGGCAUUGAUAUUUCCGUCGACUGGGCAACCGGUACAGUGUCAUCCAACCAAGAAGAAAUGCCCAUCUGGAUUUUCAUGCCUGAAAAGUCCUGGAACAUUUUUCUACCAGUGUUGUACCAAUGAUGUAAACUAUGGACGACGAGAUUCAACACGAUGGUCACGAAAUAUGCGCAAAUUUUUGCCUUCUCGGUUACAAAAAAUCUUCUGA